GGCGGAGCCAGGAGGGCAGGGGCAGGGGCGCCUCCAAGAAGGAGGGACCGAACCCCGGAACCCCGGAACGAAGACUGCAAGUUGCCGGACCUCUGGCCACUUCCCUCCCAGUCGCCGCGCUCCGCACCUGCGCCCCGCCCCGGGCCCGCCUCCAAAGUGCUGGGGGGGGGGGCGGGGGCGAGGCGGCCGAACCGAGGAGACGCAAAGGGAGGGGCGGCGGCUGCUCGGUGCUGGCUCCACAGACCGGGUUGGACGCGGGCUGGACGCGCGUCUGGCCCUUUAAGGGCCGCCCCCGAGGAGGUGCCAGGCCCUGGUGGCUCCGGUCUCUCCUUCCUGGUCCUGCGGGGCAGGGACGGUCCGUGGGGCCGUGGUAGGGCACCGUACCCGGACGGGCCCAGGUGUGCCCGGCCUGGCCCCAUGGCCCUGGUCACAGUGAGCCGCUCCCCUCCGGCCAGCGGCCACUCCACGCCUGUAGGGCCCACGCAGGACCAGGCAUCCAAGCGGAGAAGCCGGCUCCAGCGAAGGCAGAGCUUUGCAGUGCUCCGUGGGGCUGUCCUGGGACUGCAGGACGGAGAGGACAAUGGAGAAGCAGCUGACGCUGGCCCUGAGGCAGUGGAGGGACCCCCGGGGGGAGAACAGCCCCACAGCGACCAGACAGACGAUGGGCAGGGGCCCCAGAGUCCCCAGAAGCAGCAGCAGAGUCAGCACCUGUGCCUCAUGGUGGAGCUGCUGAGGCCACAGGACGACAUCCGCCUGGCAGCCCAGCUGGAGGCGGCACGGCCCCCUCGGCUCCGCUACCUGCUGGUAGUUUCCACAAGAGAACAUCAGAGCCAGGAUGAGACAGUCCUCUUGGGAGUGGAUUUCCCCGACAGCAGCUCCCCGAGCUGCACCCUGGGCCUGGUCUUGCCUCUCUGGAGUGACACCCAGGUGUACCUAGAUGGAGACGGGGGCUUCAGUGUGACGUCCGGUGGGCAGAGCCGAAUCUUCAAGCCCAUCUCCAUCCAGACCAUGUGGGCCACACUCCAGGUGUUGCACCAGGCAUGUGAGGCGGCUCUUGGCAGCGGUCUUGUGCCAGGCGGUAGUGCCCUUACCUGGGCUGCAUACUACCAGGACAGACUGAGCUCUGACCAGAGCUGCCUCAACGAGUGGAUGGCCAUGGCCGACCUGGAAUCCCUGCGGCCUCCCAGCGCCGAGCCUGGCCGGCCCUCAGAGCAGGAGCGGAUGGAGCAGGCGAUCCGGGCUGAGCUGUGGGAGGUGCUGGACACCAGCGACCUGGAGAGCGUCACUUCCAAAGAGAUCCGCCAGGCCCUGGAGUUGCGCCUGGGCCGUCCUCUCCAACAGUACCGCGACUUCAUUGAUAACCAGAUGCUGCUGCUCAUGGCCCAGCAAGACCGCGCCUCCCGCAUCUUCCCCCACCUCUACCUGGGGUCAGAGUGGAAUGCGGCAAACCUGGAGGAGCUCCAGAGGAACAGGGUCAGCCACAUCUUGAACGUGGCCCGCGAGAUUGACAACUUCUACCCCGAUCGCUUCAUCUACCACAACGUGCGCCUCUGGGAUGAGGAGUCAGCCCAGCUGCUACCCCACUGGAAGGAGACACACGGCUUCGUGGAGGCCGCGAGAGCACAGGGCACUCGGGUGCUGGUCCACUGCAAGAUGGGCGUCAGCCGCUCAGCUGCCACGGUGAUAGCUUAUGCCAUGAAGCAGUAUGGCUGGAGUCUGGAGCAGGCUCUGCGCCACGUGCAGGAGCUCCGGCCCAUCGCCCGCCCCAACCCCGGCUUUCUGCGCCAGCUGCAGACCUACCAGGGCAUCUUGACCGCCAGCCGGCAGAGCCACAUCUGGGAGCAGAAAGUGGGUGGGGCUUCCCCAGAGGAGCCCCUCGCCCCGGAGAUGUCUACACCAUUCCCACCUCUUCCGCCGGAACCAGGGGGCAGUGGGGAGGUGAAGGCUAUGGGUUUGGAGGAGAGCCAGUCAGCCCUGAAAGAGGAGCCUGGGCCACGGCCUCGUAUCAACCUCCGAGGGGUCAUGAGGUCCAUCAGCCUCCUGGAGCCUUCCUCGGAGCUGGAAAGCAUUUCAGGGGCCAGUGAUCUGCCAGAGGUGUUUUCUUCAAACGAGUCUUCAGAAGAAGACCCUCCGGUGCCCUUCCCUCAGCUCUCAAAGGCCAAGGGAGGCGAGCCGGGUCCCAAGGGGCCUUGGCCUGCCCUGAAGUCCCACCAGUCUGUGGUUGCCCUCAACAGCGCCGCCCUGGUGGCCAGCCGGACCCGGGCCUUGCAGGAGCAGGCAGAGGCUGGCCGUUCCUCCACACCCAGGCUCCGGAAGGUGGUGAGGCAGGCCAGUGUGGAUGGCAGUGGGGAGGAGGGCGAGGCUUGAGCCCUCACACAUGCUCAUGGCCCCCUAGACACAAAUAGAGGUGCCUGAACACAGCUCCUGGGACGAGCGCCCUUCAUUCCUGUCAGCUUGUCCACGUUCCUUUUAGCUCCUCCCCAGUGGCCCCGAGACUCCAUCACUACAGCCUCAGCUCCUAUGGCCUUAAGUCUCAGACAUGUCCACCCUUCCAAGGGCUCAAGGUCUUCUCUAUAACGGGGAUGUGAUAGAGAGACUGAAAGUGCCUUUGGGGGCCAGAGCACCUUCCUUCAUUCCCAGCUGCUGCCUGAAACACUCACUUGCAGCCAGGGAAUACACCCAGUGCAGAAAGGCUCAUGCUUCCUCCCUCACCCACUCCCACGUGCCUCAUCCCUGCCCCUCUUCUUUCCUGGGGCCCGCUAGGCCAGAGGACCAGUGGCCCUUAAAGGCCAAGAGUAACCUCAGUUCCCAGUUCUGGAGGCUCUGAGGAGCAGAGAGCGGUCCCGCCGAUGGGGCCUUCCUCCCGCACUCCACAACCAGCCUGUCUUCUGCUGUUGUCCCCCGCCCCAUGCCACUCCCAGACAGCAGUGCGAUGGGUCACAGGGCACCAGGCCAAAGAAAGUCUUCUUCUUGUCCUUCACGGCCUCUGGCCAGUUUUUCACAGUCUUAAUAGUAUCUGGCUUUGUACUUAGAAAUGAAAAAAAAAAAAAAAAAAAACAUUUUCAUAUUAUUUUCACUUUUAUGAUAAA